AUGCCUCAUCCACAGAAAGGAAGAUCAAGACCUCGUGGGUCAGAUGAGGAGUUCGUUUUAUUCCUCCAAGGUGUAAGUGUCUUGCGGCAGGUCGGAUUUCCAGAUGGCUGUCUUACUGAAGAGACAGAUUCCAGCCCACUGUCGCUGGCAAGAACUGAAGGAUCUGCCUUGCACAUCCGACAAGCCGUGGUAUACGAUGAUCACCACGGGUUUCCCACCGGACUCGGCCAGAUUAUUGUGAAAAACGAAGAUGAAGCAUGGCGGACUUAUCGGCCAACGAAGAGCCCACACUGUGUGAUCCCGUCGGACUACGUUGCAGGGUAUUCGACGCCCCCAAGAGUCUCGCAGAACAUGGCCGUGCCUCCAUCUCCCAUAUCUCCGGAGUAA